CGUGUUAUCGUAUAUCGUUUUUGAAUUCUUCGACCUGUAGUAUCGCUCUGUAGAUAGAGAUAAAUUUUUUUAUUAUUGGUUACUGAGCUCAGUUGAUGCUGUAUAAUAGUACAACAACUGUAUAGUACAACAUUUAGACAAGAAAAUAAUUAAAUUAUAUUAUUAAACUGAUAAAUAAUGGAUAAGUUACACAUAUCUACUCACGUAUUAGAUACAAGUCGUGGAAUCCCAGUGCCGAAUCUACCGGUGAGUCUUCACAAAAACGAAAGUACCAUCUGGGUUUUGAUAAGUGAAAGUAAAACAACAUCGAAUGGAAGAUGCUCUGAUUUAUUAGAAAUAGCUGGUCAAUUAUUAACGGAAGGGCGUUACAAACUUGUAUUCAACAUAGAAAAUUAUUUUACUACAACUGAAAGAUUAUCGUUGUAUCCAACUAUUGAAGUGAUAUUUGACAUAAAAAAUGCUAAUCAAAACUAUCAUUUGCCACUUCUCGUAAAUCCCUUUGGAUAUAGUACAUAUCGCGGAAUUUGAUGUAUGUAUAAAUUAUUUAGAAAAUAAAAUUAAACAAGUUACUAACAAAGCAUUAA